AUGGCUUUCAAAACUGGUAAGAAAUCCUGGGCCAGCAAGGCUAAGAGCCAAUACCGCCGCCGUCGCGGCGGUCGUACUUCUUCGAAGUAUACCCGAGGUUCUCUCGACAAGUAUAUCGAGGCUAAAGUGCAACGCGCUGUUAAAAAGGCGAAGCGUGGCCCCCCACGGAGUGUACCUGUGCAGUUGAUACCUGCGCAGUUUGAUCGGUCCUGCCAGAUACCGAAGGGGAAUAUUCUCGAUCACUGGACGAUCUAUGUUCAAGGUCCGUCGUCAGCGGAUAAGUACGCUGUACUCCCGAAGACCUUCGGCAUGAUUGAUCGUCAUUCGUAG